UAUCCUCGGUCCUUUUCUACGAAGUCAGCCAUAAGGGCAACCACUGAAAGUAUAGGUGUUGUCCGAACUCAACAAAAUCCAAGAUGGUGAACUUCACGGUAGACCAGAUCCGUGAGAUCAUGGACAAAAAGCAAAAUAUACGAAACAUGUCCGUGAUUGCUCACGUAGAUCACGGUAAGUCAACGCUGACCGACUCGCUGGUCAGUAAGGCUGGCAUCAUUGCGGCAGCUCGAGCAGGGGAAACUCGAUUUACAGAUACCAGGAAAGAUGAACAGGAACGGUGUAUCACCAUCAAGUCCACUGCUAUCUCGCUCUUCUACGAGAUGGCAGAGAAAGAUCUGAAGUACAUGAAGCAGGAGAAGGAUCCCUCUACCAAUGGGUUUUUGAUCAACCUGAUCGAUUCACCAGGCCACGUAGAUUUCUCCUCGGAGGUCACUGCUGCCUUGCGAGUGACAGACGGUGCUCUUGUUGUGGUGGACUGCGUGUCCGGUGUGUGCGUACAAACUGAGACUGUGCUGCGUCAAGCUAUUUCCGAGCGAAUCAAGCCUAUUCUCUUCUGUAACAAGAUGGACUCUGCGUUGUUGACAUUGCAACUGGACAUGGAAGAUUUGUAUCAGACGUUCCAGCGAGUAGUGGAAAAUGUAAAUGUCAUCAUCUCAACGUAUGGCGGUGAUCCUGACACCAACCCAAUGGGAAACAUUCAGGUGUUCCCACAGUAUGGUACAGUCGGGUUUGGAUCGGGUCUGCAUGGUUGGGCUUUCACCACAAAGAACUUUGCUGAAAUGUACGCCACGAAAUUUGGUGUGGAGGAAACCAAAUUGAUGAAGAGAUUGUGGGGAGACUCCUUCUACAGCCCAAAAGAGAAGAAAUGGUUUGGCACAAAGAAAGAGGGGGCCGAGAGAGGCUUCAACCAGUAUAUUCUCAACCCAAUUUACCAGGUCUUCAAGACGACUAUGAACGAGGCAAAGGAUGAUGCCAUCAAGCGGGCGGAAAAACUGGGCGUGAAAAUCACCUCUGAGGAGAAGGAACUGAUGGGAAAACCCCUUCUCAAGACAAUCAUGAGGAAAUGGCUGCCUGCUGGAGAAGCCCUGCUGCAGAUGAUAGUCAUUCACCUGCCCUCCCCAGUCACGGCCCAGAAGUACAGAAUGGAGCUGUUGUAUGAAGGACCUCAGGACGAUGAAGCUGCCAUUGGCAUAAAGACGUGUGACCCCAAAGCACCUCUGAUGAUGUACGUCUCCAAGAUGGUACCCACCUCUGAUAAAGGGCGAUUCUUUGCUUUUGGACGUGUUUUCUCUGGUACUGUGAGCACGGGACAAAAAGUGCGCAUCAUGGGACCAAACUAUGUCCCAGGAAAGAAAGACGACUUGAAUGAGAAGAGCAUCCAGAGAACCAUUCUGAUGAUGGGACGUUACACUGAGCCUAUUGAAGACGUGCCGUGUGGAAACAUCUGUGGACUGGUCGGUGUCGAUCAGUUCCUUGUGAAGACUGGAACUCUGACCACUUUCAAACAUGCUCACAACAUGAAGAUGAUGAAAUUUUCUGUGAGUCCUGUCGUGAGAGUGGCUGUUGAAGCUAAAAACCCAUCUGAAUUGCCUAAACUGGUGGAAGGUCUGAAACGUCUUGCCAAAUCGGACCCUAUGGUUCAGGUGACCUUUGAGGAAUCCGGCGAGCACAUCGUGGCAGGAGCAGGAGAACUGCACUUGGAGAUCUGCCUGAAGGAUCUGAAAGAAGACCACGCCUGUAUAGACCUGAAGAUAAGCGAACCCGUUGUGUCAUAUAGAGAGUCUGUAAGCUCCCAAACUUCACAGAUGUGUUUGUCGAAGUCUCCCAACAAACACAACAGACUCUUCAUGACGGCUGGGCCAUUAGACGAUGAUCUGGGGGCAGCCAUUGACGAUGGGAAAAUCUUCCCAAGACAGGAUGUCAAGGAGCGUGCCAGAUUAUUGGCCGAUGAGUUCAAAUUUGAUGUUGGUGAGGCGAGAAAGAUCUGGGCAUUUGGACCAGAGGGCACUGGGCCUAACCUGCUGAUAGAUGUGACGAAGGGUGUACAAUAUCUGAAUGAGAUCAAGGAUUCCUUUGUGGCGGGAUUCCAGUGGGCCUCCAAAGAGGGUGUCCUAUGUGAAGAAAACAUGCGAUGUGUUCGUUUCAACAUCCAUGAUGUCACCUUGCACACUGAUGCCAUUCACCGCGGUGGUGGUCAGAUCAUCCCUACAGCUAGGAGAUGUAUUCAUGCCUGUUCGCUGCUCUCUUCCCCCUGUCUCAUGGAGCCCGUGUACCUGGUGGAAAUUCAGUGCCCCCAGGAUGCUACUGGAGGUAUUUAUGGAGUCCUAAAUAAGAGGCGUGGUGUGGUUAUGGAGGAAUCCCAAGUUCAAGGAACCCCAAUGGUCGUGGUGAAGGCACAUUUACCUGUCAAUGAAUCGUUCGGGUUCACCUCGGACCUGAGAGCGAGUACUGGAGGAAAGGCUUUCCCCCAGUGUGUGUUUGACCACUGGCAAAUGCUGCCCGGAGACCCAUUUAAGGAAGGAAGCAAGGCUGCGGGAGUUGUUCUCGCCACCCGAAAACGAAAGGGACUCAGCGAGGAUGUUCCACCUCUAGACCGUUUCCUGGAUAAAAUGUAAAUCCUGAACACCUGGACAGAAAUAUUAAAUUUGAGCUGUAAACUUCUACAUGGCUAUUGGUAUCGUGCUGGGAAGGGGGAACAUCGACAUAUACAUGUAGUGUGCACCAUGUCAGACUAGAUUGAAGUUUGAUUGGAAUAUACAGAAAGCAACAGCACCCUUCCCCGCCCCCCCAAGAAACAUAGAUCGUGAUACAAAACUCCUCGCUGUACUUAUUUAUGUUGCCAAUUUUGAUUGCCUAGUGACAACUGGUUAAUGGUAAAAUCAAGGACCCAAGAGUCCCCUGCAGUCUUGCAUUCUCUCGUUAGAGCUAUACGUGAAAGCCGCUGCUGUUAAGGAUGGAAUAAAAUCGAUGUCCAGCUGA